AUGAAUCAAGAUACUGAACCUUCAAAGAAUGGAAUCUUCACCGCUACUCCGACUCCGUCAUCUGGCGGCCGUCGACAUGCCUGUGAUCGUUGUCAGAGGCAAAAACUUAAGUGUGAUAUCGAAAAACCAUGUCUCUUAUGCGUUCGUUCAGGGGCUUCAUGUGUAACAACACCGUCUGGAGCUUCAAGAAAACCGAAGCAGGUCCGGAGAAAAGCGGCCCGCAAAAGCACUACUGCCCCUAGUGCUUCGGGGACGCCCUCCGCCGCCCCCAAAGACUGGGACUCUGGAUCGUCAAAUUCGCGAACUAAAGAUUUCCUAGAUCAUCCUCACCCCCCUAGUCAAGGAGCAAAGGGUAUAUAUUCAAGUCCAGCUUUGUCAAGCUCACUGCAUGACGAUGACACAAUAUCUCAACAAACUACACCGUUCCCCGCGCCAGAUAAGUAUGCUGAGAUGUCCGCGAUUGGACUUACAAGUAAGCUUUUUCACAUUCACAAGCAAGGAUCCAUCAACUCUUUGGUAGAAAGCUAUAGUACAAAUGCUAUUCCAGGCGGAGACUUCGUGAAUACCCAAAACAAAGAUCGCCAGGCGGUCGAGUCAGUUAGCUUAGACUCGCUGUUCCCAGGGUUUGCCUUUCCACCGCGGCCAAUUUGCGAUUUUCUUGUAGAAUCCUACAGGAAGUCGGUGCAUUGGUUUAUGUUGCUCUUCCACGAAGCUUCGUUUAAAUGCGAGUACAAGGAGGUCAUGGAUAGUCAAGCGGCUAGUCCCCGUCAACUUGGAAGCGUUGUACUAUUUCUAAUGGUAUUUACUAUGGGAGCGCGGUACACGACCAAUGAAGAAGCAUUGGAAGCCUGUGGGACGAAUCUGGACCUAGAAGCACUCCAGCAGCAAAUACUCAAAGAAGUUCAAGCACAUCUAUUUGAUGUUAUCGAUAUAGGUGGAAUCGAGUCGGUCCAGAUUUGUAUUUUGCUAAGUUCAUUUUACAUGUACAACGGUAGACCAAACCUAGCUCUAGCUAUUUUGGGAGCAGGGGUACGAAGCUCACAGGCAAUUGGACUUCACAAGGAGUCUUUAUGGGGAUCCCUUAUCGAGACUGCCAAGGAGGCUCGUCGCCGCACAUGGUGGGCACUAUAUGUUUAUGACAGGUUUUCGUCGAUUACAUAUGGGCGGCCCUUAUCCAUCAACGAUUCUGAUUGUGAUGUGCGCAUCCCCGGUAAUCUGGAUGAUGCCUCCGACGUUCAUCCAUUGUUAAAUUCACUAGAACUUGUGGAUGCAGAUUCUUCAACCCAAGUUACCUUAAGCUCGUACCAUCGAUUCAAAUUCGCUCUGUAUCAUAUUGCAACCCCUAUUAUUGGUGACAUUUAUAAUUUGAAAAACUCAAAUCCCUCAAACAUGGCACAACAGGCUAUAUCAAUCAACACGAAUCUUGUGAGGUGGUUUGACCAGCUGCCAUCAGAACUAAAGCUAGAUUCAAAUACAGAUCUCGAUGUUAGCAAUCUUUCAGCUUCUGAGGUCAAGGUCUGCAAGUUAUUUCAGCUACAAGCUCUUGUAUUACAGCUAGCAUAUGACAAUAUUCAGAUCAUCCUUCAUCGGCCAUUUCUUCGAUAUAGUCAUUGUUUGGCUGUACUUCCUAAGUCUGCUACGUCUGAUUUGCGUCCCACAAGCUUGGAACAAUGCAGGCAUUGCGCCAGACGAACUUGUAAUAUUUCAUCGCGUUACUCGGAUCUUCUCCUGGCUGCUCGAGACACUCAUGCUGUUGCAUAUGUCGCCAUUCAAAACUUUACUGCAGGAGUUACAUUAGGAAUGGUGGCUUUGUCAGAUCCAGGUUCGGAACAAGCACAGGAUGCAAAAAGAGGGGUCUCGAAUUCAAUAUCUCUUCAGAGAAUGCUCGCGGUAUCAUCUAUCGUUCCAUUACAAACGGUAAAGGUUUUGGAGCAGCUUUUCCGGCUCAUAUUCAAAAGAGAAAUGGAGAUAAUGCUUGAUGGUCCCCCUUUAAAUCUGGAGACUGGCAAAGUCACUUCCAACUUCUCGCAACACGAACAGGGAUUCAAUGAGCCACCCCAUCAUCCUGUGCAAAAUAAGGCAACACUGCCUAAAUCUCCGCCAUUGCAGACUUCACAGACCGUUGUGAUGGGCCCUGUGCAAGCAUCCCGUCAAAUUGGAGACAGACAGUCGCAAGCAGAGGAAAUGAGGCCAGUGCAAGAGCUUGGUAAUGGUAUGGGCUGGAACAACUGGUCUUUUGAUGCAGGAAUUGAUAAUGCCCUAGAAUCAAUCCAACAAGUUCUCUGGCAAAAUUCACAUCCGGUGACAAGUUCAGAAACAUUGUCUAUGAAUACCACUGGUUUAUGUGGCAAUACAUGUGGGCCGCAAAGGCAGAUGGCGGCUGGCGAUUCUAAAGAUCCAAUCACUAUCCCACCAGAAGAAGUUCAGUCUUUCGACAUAAAUGAGACUUUAGGGCAGAGUUCCUGCGAUCUAUAUGGGCAAUGUUGGAUGUGGAAUUGGGAUCCCUCUGAUGGUGAUAAGGGACCCAAUUUCGGGUAA